ACACUAGAGACAGUGAAAAUUGUUAAAGAGUGAGCCCUGUAAAGCGCUUGCCUUAUCUUUGGGUACGUACAAAUGCAGGCACUCCUGGCUGCAAUGGCCGCUCACACAGUUUUCGCCGCCUCUACUUGGCAUUCUCCUGCCCUCGUUUCUCUCUCCUCUCCGGUCACUCUGCACUCUUAUUUCAGAGGUGCAUCUCUCAAGGUGUCGAACCAGUCCUUUACCCUCUCCCCCGCCGCUAUUAGCAGGCGUCUCACCAUUGUUGCGGCCACCAAGAAAGCAGUCGCUGUUCUCAAGGGAAACUCUCAGGUUGAAGGGGUCGUCACCUUGACGCAGGAAGACGACGGUCCUACAACUGUGAAUGUUCGCAUAACUGGACUUACUCCUGGGAAACAUGGAUUCCAUCUUCAUGAGUUUGGCGACACUACCAAUGGAUGCAUGUCAACAGGAGCACAUUUCAACCCUAAGAAACUCACACAUGGUGCUCCUGAGGAUGAAAUACGCCACGCGGGUGACCUGGGAAACAUUGUUGCCAAUGCAGAUGGAGUUGCUGAGGCAACCAUCGUGGACAACCAGAUACCAUUGUCUGGGUCUAAUGCUGUCAUUGGAAGAGCCUUUGUUGUGCAUGAGCUUGAGGAUGAUCUUGGAAAGGGAGGGCAUGAGCUUAGUCUAACUACUGGUAAUGCGGGUGGAAGGCUGGCAUGUGGUGUGGUUGGACUAACACCGGUCUAAAAGACAGUCGUGGCCUUGGGACCUUGCUGACACCUUGAGUGAGUAGAUGGACGUGGUGUAGAUUGGAGACAAGAUGUUGGUACAUGGUAGAGAGGGAAGAGGAGCAUCAUGGAGCAAGGAAAUUAUUUUUCAUUUAUGCAUUGCAUACUUGUGUAGGUAGGUAGUGACUGUUCUUAUUUAUCACGUACUUGUUGAUUUCGAUCAAAGAGAGUCUAAUGCACAUCUUGUUAAGUUCAUACAAACUUGUGGAGCUCCCAGUGCAUGAGAAUCUUUGGCAGUUAUGUUUGCUUUAUGGGGUGAAGUUGAAGUAUUAUUUCACCACUGGUGUAAAAUGUAUGUGAAUUAGGAAAUUCCUGCAUGUUUCAAAUUGGUUUUUUUUUCCCCACUAAGUUAGUGAGGGAUGUUAAAAUA